UUUUUGCUGGAGACAUGGCUGCAGCUUCCCAGGGAGCCGCCCGGGGACGCCCCAACAUUCAUCCCUUCGUUUGGACGCUUAGAAGAUUCAACAGGAAGACCCAGCUCCACUUCCCUUUCAUCCCGGAAAGCAGAAUCGGCAAAGUGCCUUCAUUAAAGGUCUUUCAGGGAGGAGCCAUCACAGCCCAAUGAAUCCCCAGGAAGAAAAAGUGAACAUAAUCACAGAGGAGUUCAUUGAAAAUGAUGAGGAGGCAGAUGUGGGAAGAAAGAAGAAGACUUCGAAGGUUCAAAGACAAAAAAGAAAGAAGCAGCAGCGGACUGCUGGCCCCCAGGAAAUGGUGUCUGAAAAACCCCAUCUUGGCAGCCAGCGGGAGCCCAUGGAGGACGAUCCAGACCCUGACACUCGCCCCCUGAGCAUGACCACCCGACGCGGCCCACGGAGCUUACCUCCAAUUCCUUCAGCUUCCAGAACGGGCUUUGCAGAAUUUUCCAUGAGAGAACGCAUGAGGGAGAAGUUACAAGCUGCAAGGUCCAAAGCAGAAAGUGCAUUGCUGCAGGAGACCCCCACCCCUCGGCCCAGGCGCUUACAAAGUCCUAGCAAGAAAGAACUGGAGACUGAAUUUGGCACAGAGCCAGGUAGAGAGGUACAAAGGACUCAACAAGAAGAUGACUCCCAGAGUUAUUCCAGAGUGAAGUUCCGUGAUUCUGUACGAAAAAUCAGGUCUAAACCCCCGGUUCCGCCUGGCUUCCCUUCUGCUGAAGAAGCCUAUAACUUCUUCACUUUCAACUUUGAUCCUGAACCUGAGGAAUCAGCGGAAAAACCAAAGGCAAGAAAUAGAGAUGGAACCAAUCAAGAGGAGGAGGAAGGAGAGGAAGAAGAGCCACCUGUGCAAGAAGGAGUAAACAAAAUGGAUGAAGAAGAGCUGCUUAAUGAUAAAGAUGCCGAGGACUUCCUAUUGGGUUUAGACCACGCGGCUGGAGAUCUCGUGGCAGUUGGACCUGCAGACUACAAAGGCGUCCAUGCUCGACUGCAGGAGAAAGAAAUCCUUUUCGUACCCAGCAGGCUGACAGUGCCUGCCUAUAAAAAGCUUCCUGAGAACGUGCAGCCCAGAUACCUGGAGGACGAAGGCUUGUACAUCGGAGCAAGACCAGAAGUGCCGCGCCUCACUCAGAACACGGUGGAGAACAGGCUGCUGGUGCAGGACCCCGGGAGAAAAUGGUUCGGAGAUGAUGGCAGAAUCCUAGCACUGCCAAACCCCACCAAGCCGUUCCCUUCACGACCACCAGUGUUGGCACAGGAGCGAGACAUGAAAGUGGAACUGGAAACCCUGUAUAAAAAGGCGGUCAGAUAUGUGCACAGAAGUAAGCAUAUGAUUGGAUCUGGAGACUCUCCUGGAAAUUUCCAAUUGGACAUUGAUAUUUCAGGAUUAAUCUUCACUCACCAUCCCUGCUUUAGCCGAGAGCAUGUUUUGGCAGCCAAGCUGGCCCAGUUAUAUGACCAGUACCUUGCAAGACGCCAGAGAAGCAAGGCAACAUUUCUUACUGAUAAGCUCCAAGCGCUAAGAAAUGCUGUUCAGACAGGACUUGAUCCAGCAAAAACUCAUAUAACCCAAAAAGCCAUCAAGGAGUAUAAAUCUGAAAUUCGGCAAACAAGAAAAUUGCGUGAUGCUGAACAAGAAAAAGAUCGAAUAUUGCUUAAGACCAUCAUAAAAGUUUGGAAAGAAAUGAAGUCCCUUCGAGAGUUCCAAAGGUUUACAAAUACACCCUUGAAACUUGUCUUGAGAAAGGAAAAAGUGGACCAGAAAGCAGACGAAGAAGCAUAUGAAGCAGAAAUUCAAGCUGAAAUAAGUGAAUUGUUGGAAGAGCACUUGGAAGAGUACGAACAGAAGAUGGAAGAAUACAGAACUGCAUAUCAGCAGUGGAAAGCCUGGAAGAAAGCCCAAAGGGCCAAGAAGAAGAAAAAGAAACAAGCAGUGGAAGAACAUCUGGAUGAGGAGGCAGAGGAGCCAUAUCUGGGGGAAGACCCUGUGAAACCCGUUCCCCCAGAGCCCACUGACCGGACAGCGGUGGAGCAACAGGUGCGGGAGAGAGCAGCCCAGGGCAGGAAGAAGCCCGGGGAACCCACGCUGGUCCCAGAGCUGAGUCUGGCGGGGAGUGUGACACCCAACGACCAGUGUCCCAGGGCAGAGGUCUUGCGAAGGGAAGAUGUCAAGAGGCGCUCGGUGUACGUCAAGGUGAUCUUCAACGAAAAGGAGGUAUCCAGGACCAACAGUCGGCCACUCGGGGCAGACUUCCGAGUUCACUUUGGACAGAUUUUCAAUUUGCAGAUAGUCAACUGGCCAGAGAGUUUAACACUGCAGGUAUAUGAAACAGUUGGACACAGUGGUACCACCUUGCUGGCCGAAGUGUUUCUGCCUGUUCCUGAAACUACCACUCUCACCGGAAGGGCUCCCAUUGAGGAAGUGGAGUUUAGCAGUAACCAGCACGUGACACUGGACCACGAGGGAGUUGGAAGUGGGGUGCCCUUCUCAUUUGAAGCGGACGGUAGUAAUCAACUGGUUCUAAUGACCUCAGGGAAAGUGUCCAACAGUGUGGCGUGGGCCGUUGGAGAGAAUGGGAUCCCUUUAAUUCCUCCGCUGUCACAGCAGAACCUUGGAUUUAGGAGUGCUUUGAAAAGAGCAGACGCCAUCUCAUCUAUUGGUACUUCAGGACUGACGGACAUGAAAAAGUUGGCCAAGUGGGCAGCAGAGUCCAAGCUUGAUCCAAAUGACCCCAACAAUGCCCCUCUGAUGCAGCUAAUCUCGGUUGCUACCAGUGGUGAAUCCUAUGUCCCUGAUUUCUUUCGACUGGAACAGCUGCAACAGGAAUUUAACUUUGUUUCAGAUGAGGAAUUAAAUAGAUCCAAACGAUUCAGACUUCUUCAUCUUAGAAGCCAAGAAGUGCCAGAAUUCCGAAAUUAUAAGCAAAUUCCAGCAUAUGACCGAGAAAUUAUGGAAAAGGUAUUCCAGGACUAUGAAAAACGGUUACGAGACAGAAAUGUAAUUGAAACCAAGGACCACAUAGAUACCCAUAGGGCCAUAGUAGCCAAGUACCUCCAACAGGUUCGAGAAUCAGUGGUAAAUCGUUUCCUAAUUGCAAAACACCAUUUUCUUCUUACGGAUUUGAUAGUAGAAGAAGAAGUGCCCAACAUCAGCAUUUUGGGCCUAAGCCUUUUCAAGCUGGCAGAACAAAAGCGACCACUGAGGCCAAGGAGGAAAGGCCGGAAGAAGGUGACAGCCCAGAACCUGUCCGAUGGAGACAUAAAGCUGCUGGUGAACAUUAUCCGGGCCUAUGACAUUCCCGUGAGGAAGCCAGCAGCAAGCAAAUUCCAGCAGCCAUCAAGAUCUUCACGGACUUUCAGCGAAAAGCAUGCUGCUUCCCCGGCAACACACAGCCCAUCCCCCAGUGCUGACUACCCCGUUGGCCAGGUUUUAGUACGUCCUUUCGUAGAAGUUUCUUUUCAACGAACAAUUUGCCAUACAACUACGGCUGAAGGACCAAACCCCAGCUGGAAUGAAGAACUUGAACUUCCAUUUAGGGCCCCUCACGGGGACUACAGCACAACCAGUUUGCAGUCAGUGAAAGAUGAUGUGUUCAUUAACAUUUUUGAUGAAGUACUAUAUGAUGUCUUAGAGGAUGACCGGGAAAGAGGAAGUGGAAUCCACACUCGUAUUGAGAGACACUGGUUGGGAUGUGUGAAAAUUCCAUUUAGCACGAUAUAUUUCCAAGCAAGGAUUGACGGGACAUUUAAAAUAGAUAUUCCUCCAGUUCUUCUGGGCUACAGUAAGGAGCGAAAUGUGAUUACUGAGCGGGGUUUUGACUCUGUUCGAAGCCUAAGCGAAGGCUCCUAUAUCACCCUGUUCAUCACCAUCGAGCCUCAGCUGGUUCCUGGGGAGUCAGUACGAGAAAAGUUUGAUUCUCAGGAAGAUGAGAAAUUGCUUCAAGCAACAGAGAAGUUUCAAGCUGAAUGUGCCUUGAAGUUUCCAAACCGUCAGUGCCUCACAACAGUGAUUGACAUAACGGGGAAGACUGUCUUUGUCACGCGUUAUCUGAAGCCUUUAAACCCUGCGCAGGAACUCCUUAAUGCCUGUCCCAACAACCCACAAGCAACAGCAGAACUGUUGGCUCGGUAUGUGUCAUUGAUUCCUUUCUUGCCUGACACUGUUUCAUUUGCUGGCAUCUGUGACUUGUGGAGCACAUCUGAUCAAUUUCUUGAUCUCCUGGCAGGAGAUGAAGAAGAGCAUGCAGUAUUACUCUGUAAUUAUUUUCUCUCCCUGGGUAAAAAGGCCUGGCUCGUGAUGGGCAAUGCCAUUCCAGAGGGUCAAACUGCCUAUGUGCUAACUCGGGAGCAAAGUCACUAUUUAAUAUGGAAUCCCUGCAGUGGACACUUUUAUGGACAAUUUGAUACAUUCUGUCCCUUAAAAAGUGUGGGCUGUUUAAUAGGUCCUGAUAAUAUUUGGUUUAAUAUUCAACGAUACGAUUCCCCACUAAGGAUAAAUUUUGAUGUCACCAAGCCCAAACUAUGGAAAUCUUUCUUUUCAAGAAGCCUUCCAUACCCUGGCCUUUCCAGUGUUCAGCCAGAAGAGCUUAUUUACCAGCGCACAGACAAAGCAGCCGCGGCUGAGCUACAAGACAGGAUUGAAAAAAUACUAAAAGAAAAAAUUAUGGACUGGAGGCCCCGCCACCUGACCCGAUGGAAUAGGUACUGUACAUCCACACUGCGUCACUUCCUGCCUCUGUUAGAAAACAGUCAAGGAAAUGUAGAAGAUGACCACAGAGCAGAACUGCUAAAACAGCUGGGAGACUACAGGUUCUCUGGAUUUCCCCUUCACAUGCCUUAUUCUGAACUGAAGCCUUUAAUUGAAGCUGUGUAUAGCACUGGAGUACAUAACAUUGAUGUUCCUAAUGUUGAAUUUGCUUUAGCGGUAUAUAUCCACCCAUAUCCCAAAAAUGUUUUGUCUGUUUGGAUCUAUGUUGCCUCCCUUAUACGCAACAGGUAAUAUUUUCAUUGUAUACUUUUUAUAUCAUGUGAAACUAUAAUUAGGAUAUGAGAAUAUUUUUAAGUGAUAUUGGUCAUAUCAGAAGAGAUUUGCAAAUAAUGAAAUAAAAUUAUUUUCAAACUGUGCAAAAUAA